UCUGUAGGUACAAUGCCGAUUGCAGUGAUACAUCUCAGAUUAUGCGUCUAUCUCCCGCCUGCCCGGCUUCCGGGGUGUAACAUUCUCAAAGUAAGUACGUACCUGCUUACUCUGCAAAAGCAACAGAGCUCGGAUAAUACCUAUCAAUCUAUGCGCUAUCUCCCCGCAUAAGUUCCCAUGUCCUACCUACCACAACAUCGAUACAGGUGCGACAAGUUCUCUGUAAGCGCCAUGCAAUACCACCAACAUGCAACUUCGCCUACAUGAAUAUAUCUGCCCUUAGCGCAUGAAUUAUUAUUCUCGGAUGACUUCCGAAAAUACAUCGUCAGAAUACAGAAU